AUGCAAGGUAAAGUUGUGUUCGAUUUCAUUGUUCAUUUACUCCCUUCUUUGUAUUUAUUCAGACUUCUGCUGAAUCAGGGUACAAGCAAAGGACCAAAUCAGAAGGUACCCGUACUUUCUUCUGCGACAUUGAAUCUUGCAGACUUUGCUUCAGUAGCUGGAGAUAAACAAGUGGGCAUUGAAAUUUUCGUUCCUUUGGAAGUCUCUGUUGGCAGCUUCAAGAGUUGCCUUUCACUCUGUGUAAGAGAAACUAAAACACAUGCUUUUUGCUUGCGUUCUUGUAUUCCUGCAGCUACGCAACACAAGAAGGCAUAUCAUGCAGAGGAAGGCAGCAACAGUGAUGGAAGGAACUCAGUCAGAAGUGAGGAUCCCGAUUAUGUUUAUCCUGUGGAUACGGAUUCACUUGAUGAGGAUUCGGUAGGAGAAUCUGAGGAAGGAAAAGAGGAUACAAGUGUUCAGAAGUCAUUCAGUUAUGAAGCACUCGUCUAUCCAAACCAUGCUGGUGGAUCAUUUUGUUCAAAUACAAGCGGCAGCAGCAGUGACGAGGAUUUAGUCCACUACAGCCAUCAUAUUUUAGACACAAAGCACAAGUACCCUGAGGAUAAAACUGCAGCAAAUCAAUCUGCAGAGCAGAGUUCAAAACAUGGUCUUCUUUCCUGGAGGAAGAGGAAAUUGAGUUUCAAAUAUCCUAAAACCAAGGGGGAGCCAUUGUUGAAGAAACAUUAUGGAGCAGAUGGUGCAGACGAUAUAGGCUUUGAUCGCCGACAUCUUUGCUCAUCUGACGAGUCUUCUUCUAGGAGGCACAAAUCCGAGGAAACUUCUCCGAUUUCAGUCUCUGAGUUUGGAGAUGAAAGUUUUGCUGUGGGUAGUUGGGAGCAGAAAGAAAUAAUAAGCCGUGAUGGACAAAUGAAGCUGCAGACUCAGAUCUUCUUUGCUUCGAUUGAUCAACGAAGUGAACGAGCUGCUGGUGAAAGCGCUUGUACAACCUUGGUUGCUGUCAUAGCUGAUUGGUUCCACUGCAAUCCUGAAGAUAUGCCCAUCAAGUCCCAACUUGAUUCUCUUAUUUGUGAAGGCUCGAUGCAGUGGAGGGAUCUUUGUGAAAACGAGACCUAUAGGGAACGUUUUCCAUAUAAGCAUUUUGACCUCGAGACAGUUCUCGAGGCUAAAGUGCGUCCACUCUCAGUAGUCUCAGAAAAAUCAUUCAUUGGGUUCUUUCAUCCCGAAGGAAUCGAAGAAGAGGAAGGAUUCCACUUCCUUCAUGUUUCCAUGUCUUUUGACAACAUAUGGGACGAGAUUUCUAAGUCCGCUCAAGAAACUCCUCGUCAUGGCGACUCCUGUGUUUACAUUGUGAGUUGGAAUGACCACUUCUUUAUCCUCAAGGUUGAAAAAGACGCGUACUAUAUCAUUGACACACUUGGGGAGAGACUUUUUGAGGGUUGUAAUCAGGCAUAUAUCCUCAAAUUCGACCAAGAUACAACAAUUAUGCAAGCACCUGGUGAGUCUCAACAAUCAGAUGAUAAGCCAUCUUGUGAUAGAAAAGAGAAAAUCGAUGUCAAAGAGGCUGCGGAUGAAAGCAAAAUUGUCAUGA